AUGAUAAUUGUUGAAACGAGCCCACAACACACGGUCAAUAAAGGUAACAAUCAGAGGCCAGGACUCCACGAGGGCUCAAAUACCCCAGGGCCAUCGCCACCCCCUCCGUAUACUUCCCAGACAUCUUAUCAACCCAUAACGGACGUGGUGGUAGUCGUAUAUCGCCAGUCACCCGCACAACGUUUCUGGAAGGCAUUCGGUGUUGCUGUACUCAUUUGGUUCCUCAUCGCUGCGUUCACCAAAUCUUCCACUGAAAUGGCCUUCAAUCAUGGAUCUGGAAUCUUCUGGAACUGCGAGCCACCUCAUCCUGGCUCACAGGAUGGCACCAUCCACCAAUGCAUCAGUGGUUCCAACUGGAAAUUGUCCGAUCAAAGCUUGAACCACUUUCCUCAUAGCGCCGAAGCAUUCCUAGAGCUCCCCGUUGACUCUGAUGCACUCUACUUGUUCACGAGGGGCUCUCAGCAAUCAGGUCGUGUUGAUAUCGUGCAGUCCACUCAACCGACAGAUACAGUUAGUGUCCGAGUACGGGUUGGCUAUCACUCUCGCGAAGUGCUGGACCGUGCCAAUGUCUGCCAUCUCGAACGAAGGAAGAAUGAGAAUGGUGUUGGUAUCUUUACGCCCACAUUCUCACUCUUCCCUGGCAGUGGACAACAACUAGGAUUUGAAGUGACGAUCACAUUCCCCGCCGGGAAAAAUGGAGAUCCUCUGCACAUCAAAUCAUUCGAGACGGAGACAUCCAAUUACAGUCAAGAUGUCGCAGAUGUUUGGAACACCAUUUCCUUUGAUAGAAUGUCACUCAGAACAUCGAAUGCCCAUGUAUAUGCAAAGUCUGUCACCGCUGAAGAUGGUUCAAUCCACUCUAGCAAUGGCGCCAUCAAAGGGCAUUUCAAUAGUGCCUCUUCUCUCAAGCUCAUAACUUCAAAUGGCCCCAUUGAUGCAUCUGUUUCACUCCUCAACGGAGAGGAUGGAACUGUCAGUGAGCUCAAGAUGACAACAAGUAACGGUAAAAUUGAUGCCAAUGUUGAUCUCGUCACAAACUCUGGUCACGGCGGUAUCUUUAACGUUGAAACGCGUACUUCAAAUGGGCGCGUCGCCCUUGAAUAUACCGACAUGCCUGUCGACUCAAUUCUCAAGUCGGAAACCCACUCUUCUAACGCGGCAAUGAGCGUCAAGUUAUACAGCACUUUCGAAGGCUCGUUUGACCUACAGACUUCUAACGCAGCAGCCACGAUCAAGGAGCUACCUGUUGAGGAUCCUUCUGGACAGGGACGUCGCAGGGAGGUGACUCAGAGACGAGAGCGAUAUCGCCUCCGAGGGUCUGCCUACUGGGGCAACUCGGACAACAAAGAGAGCGGAGGGUAUGUUACGGUCAAGACAUCGAAUGGUCGUGCGGAAUUAGUGAUUUGAGCUUGAAGUAUAUCACCUUGCUUAUGUACUUGUAUCAGUAUCCUUGCGUUCUAUGUCCAUAUGUUCAGUCUGGAUGGAGUGUGUGGCACAGCCACAGAUGGUAUUUAGUGUCUCAUACUACAACAUCUUUCGACGCGACUAUCGAGCACGACUCAAGAAGUGAUAAAACUCUUGUCAUAUAACAAGAUGGUAUAUACAUUUCUGAUCUGUGUACACUUGCUCAUGGAUUCUCUCGAUGUGUAGUUGCCUCUAUCACUGCUGACUGCAGCCCAAAACAAACCUAUGGUAUGGUCUCGUACUACAUCCAUCUGACAAAACAGGGCUCACUAUCCGUCCUGUUUUCUAUCUGA